AUGUUUUAUGUCAAAAAAAGAGACGGUCGCAAAGAACGCGUUGCUUUUGAUAAGAUCACUGCUCGUAUUAAUAAGUUAUGUUACGGUCUUGAUUUGAAUUUCGUUGAUCCUGUUGCUGUGGCUCAAAAGGUCAUUUCUGGUGUCUAUCAAGGCGUUAGUACCGUUGAGUUGGACAAUUUAGCAGCAGAAACCGCAGCAUAUAUGACUACAAAGCAUCCUGAUUAUGCUAUUCUAGCUGCGCGUAUUGCGAUUUCCAAUCUUCAUAAAGAGACUAAGAAAGCUUUUUCUACAGUCAUUGAUGACCUCUAUAAUUAUGUAAAUUCAAAAACCAAAAAACGCGCUUCUAUGAUUUCAGAAACGACUUAUAGUACAAUUAUGAAACAUUCGGAAAAACUUAAUUCUGCUGUCAUAUAUGAUAGAGAUUAUAAAUAUAACUAUUUUGGGUUCAAAACACUUGAAAGAUCCUAUCUUUUGCGAAUUGACGGAAAAGUAGCUGAAAGGCCACAACACAUGCUUAUGCGUGUGGCUGUUGGCAUUCAUGGUGAAGAUGUCGAUGCAGCAAUUGAAACCUACAAUUUAAUGUCUGAAAAAUAUUUUACACAUGCAUCGCCGACUCUUUUUAACGCUGGAACACCACGACCUCAACUUUCAAGUUGUUUCCUUCUAACAAUGAAAGAUGACUCCAUCGAGGGAAUCUAUGAAACAUUAAAGACAUGUGCCAUGAUUUCGAAAACGGCUGGUGGUAUUGGCUUAAACAUUCACAAUAUUCGAUCCUCCGGAUCUUACAUUGCGGGAACUAAUGGUUAUUCGAAUGGGAUUAUUCCUAUGCUUCGUGUGUAUAAUAACACUGCACGAUACGUUGAUCAAGGAGGAAAUAAACGUCCUGGUGCAUUCGCUGUUUAUUUGGAAACAUGGCAUCCAGAUAUUUUCGAUUUUUUAGAUUUAAAAAAGAAUACCGGUAAAGAAGAGGCAUCAUGUGAGCUCGCUAGUAAAUAUGGACCAUAUGAAUCGUAUCAAGGAUCCCCUGUAUCUCAAGGAAUUUUACAAUAUGAUAUGUGGAACGUUACUCCAACAGAUUUAUGGGAUUGGAAUUUGUUGAAACAAAAAAUUGCACAACAUGGUGUUCGUAAUUCACUGCUAUUAGCGCCAAUGCCUACCGCUUCAACUUCACAAAUCUUGGGAUUUAACGAAUGCUUUGAACCUUAUACUAGUAACAUUUACACACGUCGUGUUCUCGCUGGAGAAUUUCAGGUUGUUAAUCCUUGGCUAUUAAAGGAUUUAGUUGAUUUGGGCUUAUGGAGUGAUCAGAUGAAAAACAAAAUCAUUUCGGACAACGGAAGUGUUCAGAAGGUUCCUGGUAUUCCCGAUGAACUCAAAGCCAUGUAUAAAACAACGUGGGAGUUGUCACAAAAAGUAAUAAUUGAUAUGGCAGCCGACCGUGGUGCAUUCAUUGAUCAAUCCCAAAGUCUCAACAUACAUAUAGGAGAACCAACUUUUGCUAAACUGACUAGCAUGCACUUUUAUGGUUGGAAAAAAGGUCUAAAAACUGGAAUGUAUUAUCUUAGAACGAAACCAGCAGCAGACGCUAUUAAGUUCACAGUUGAUCAACUUUCACUCAGGGAAGUUGAAACAGCCGAAGAAUCUGAAAACAUUAGGAAUAAAAGAGCAUCUAUUCUAGCCAUCGCAUGUUCAAUUGAGAAUAAAGAAGAUUGUGUGAUGUGUAGCGGCUAA